AAAUGCACCGUUCCUUUGCCGCAUUCUCCAUCUUGCUCGUAGCCAUCCCACAGGCCAGCUCUUUUCUGUUUGGCGGUGGAUGUUGUGGUGCUCCAGCAGUUCAGUCUUGCUGCGGAUCGACAAGCUGGGCUUAUGCUCCACCGCAAGUUAUUGGAUAUGAAAGAAUCCCACUCUACGCAAAGGUUCCAAUGCCACCACCACCAACCUACGUUCAACCACCUCUAGUCGGCUACGUAUCACCUCAGCAGCCCGUCGCACCGCAGGGAUACCAACAACAACCACAGCAACAAUUCAUGGGACAAGUUGAGCAAGGAGUCGAGAUUACUCCUGACCAAAUCAACUCCGGAUACCAACCACAACAGCAAAUGGGCUUCCAAUCCCAGCAGCAACAAUUCUCAUCAAUCCCUAACUCUGGAUCAUCCAAUUACGGAGCUGAUUCCUCUUUCUCCGGAUCUCAACCUGCCGGCCUUGUACAAUCAGUCGCCUCGUCCGCUGCCUUCGAAGCCGCCGGAGUUGCUCCAAGUGCUCGUCGCCUCCGAAAGUUCAAGAACUAAUUGUUGUUAAUGCAAUAUGUAAUGUAUAUAUAAUGAAUUUAUGCUCUCUGAAACUUACCUCCCUAGGCGUGCGCUUGUAGUCUGGAAAAUAAAAUGUUGAAAUU